CCCCUCGCUGUACUGAGGACUGAAAGGUAAACGGAAUUUGAAAGGAGGGAAAGGAGGAAACAGUACUGAGACGUUGAGAAUAGAGGACUCUAACAACUAUAGCGCGCAAUCAACAUCAGUGUUUGUCAUAUAUAUAUAUAUUUUUUUUUAAAUAAGAUCUUGUCAGAAUUGUAAUUGGAGAAGGAAAUAGCAAAUAUUCAACUAGUUAUCCAUUUGACUGUUUUAUUUUAUUGUCUUGAUAUCGGCUUCAUCCUAAAAAGGGAUGCAUUUGUUGAGCAUGUCCACCAAAUGGCCGUCCUACGACUCCCGCUCCUCCACCCCCAGCUUCCUCCUCAGCGAGAGCGACGCGACGGAGGAUGAGGCAGACAUUGAUGUCUUCACCUCCGAAAGCGAGGGAGAUAGCUCAGGAGGUGGCAAGACCUGCUCAGUACCCUUCUCCCUGGCCGGGGGUGGCGAGGCAGCCCCUAGGUUACACUGGUCCAUGGCUGGGAGUGGACAAGCGGAAUGCUUUCCCCACACCACCAUCUACCCAUCCAUGGUGGCUUCCUCUUGCAGUGCUGCAUUCUACACAAAGGAAAGCACAGAGCAGACCACACAAGGAGACCUGGCCUUCGCUCAGAAAUGUUCAGAGCUACAAAAGUUUAUCAGACCCCUGUUGGAGCUUCUGAAUGGACUCAAGACGGGGAGAUUUGAGAGAGGACUUAACAGUUUCCAGUCGAGCGUUGCCAUCGACAGACUACAGAGGAUCCUGGGUAUUCUUCAGAAACCUGACAUGGGAGAGAAAUUCCUCCGCACCCUCCUGCAGGUAGAGAUGAUGCUGAAGAUGUGGUUCCCCCAUGUGACCCCUGUCGCUGCCACCCAGAACCCCACACCCAGUCUUCCGCCACGAUGGCACCAAAAUCAGCUGUGUAUGCCAGUCAAAAAGCGCAAGCUUAGCUGGUUGGACUCUGAUUUCCCCAGUGCCGCCCCACCCAGCUGCAAGCGCCUGCAGCGUGAGGACAACUACCAGGAAGUGACCUCACAAGACUUUAGCCUUUUGAACACAGACACUUAUAGCCCGUCAUGUCUGACUGUCAGCAGGAGAAGAAAGGGAAAUAAGAGGCUUGACAUUUCACCUUGCUCUGCAUGUGGUAGCCCAGCCACACAAGACAGCCGUGUCUCCUCAACCCAUCUGGUGUUUCACUCACAUCAGUUCUCCCUCCAUGGACAUCAGCCACGGAGAUGCCACAGCGGGCCUGGCACAGUGAAGACACAGACCAAUAUUACAUCAGUGGGAAUCCAAAGGAGGAGUCAAUCUAUCCCCACAUUACUAAGGUCUAUGAAACAAGAGCUGGAGUAGAAGCACAGACACAUAAAAGUGGACAUAAAACUGAACUCUGAACUCAUUGCACCUUUUAACCAUCUUUCAUUUUUCAUUUUUUUACUGAAAUUUACCUGGGAAUAUUUUUUAUGGUUGAUGUGAUAAAGCAGUGUUGAGUAAUAAAUAAAUAAAAAUAUAUACUGUUA